AUGGACUUACCAGUGUUCGAAUCGGAAAUCAACUACGAUGAAAUCGAUCUCGCAAUCGUCGACCAUGAGGCCACCAACUGCGCCUUUCAACUUCAAGGCCGCACCGACCUGUGGAAAGCCUAUACUGCCCAACUUGACCACCAACAAACGCAAUGCGACAAGCCAGAAUGUCAAGCUGCCGGCGCCUGCGAGAUUAUGGAAGACUACAUUAGCUGCCGAGCGUGCUUCAACGACAACGAGGUCUGCACACUUGAAUACGACUACAUCGGCCACUACCUCAACAGAGACGUCGGGAUCCCAUGGGACGACCUUGUCCCCUUCCUCACACGAUACGAGGCGCUGAAGCGGCAAUUUCUCGACACCCCUCCCUCUGUUUCUCGGGCUGGAUUGGACGGUCAUAUGUUCCAAGGCAUGUGUCCAUCUACCCUCCUGCCUAGUGCUGAGAUUACCUCCUCACGAUGUUUAGGGUUGUGUACAGCUCGGGAUAUCCUCGAAAAGGCCAUAAAGCAGGUCUCCGACCUCCCUCUCAAGUCCUUCGGCAGCCACGAUGCGAGUGACCCUAGACCCACCUUGGAGAGGUUGAAGAGUACACUUGAGGAUGUGCGCAAGGAGAAUGCGCGAGUUUGUACAGACUCUUUGCGAUCCCGGCGCAGGUGGAUGGAGCUAUCGCGCAGAGUCAAAGAUGCCAGAGCCCAGAUGAAGUCGCUGUCUCUUCCGCCUCCUUACUCGAGACACAAUUCAGAGGCAACUCUGAAGCGCUGCGAGUCGUUGGAUCUCCUCUUCCGCCCCGAACUCAUCCCCCCUCCAGACCUUCACCUGUACCACCGAGACUCGAACGCUCGACGUCCCAACCCGAAUGGGUACUCGAGUGAUCUCCAAAAUCGCCACAUCCCUUGUCUCAUGUGCGUCUGUAUCCAAGAACGAGUUGAAGCCCUCGAGGGACGCUUCAACGCCAUAGCAGGUGCCCUUCGAACCCAGAUCAGGGAAAAGACAGGUGUUCAGGAUGGCGGCGUCAUCGUCCGAGAUGACUCCCUGACCUACGAUGAUCAAGGAGCCCAAGCACUCAAAGUUCAACUGAAGGAACAUCUUCACGCGGCAUUGGCAUUAGCAAAGGAAUUACCGCAACGUGCAAUCCUACAUUUCAACAAGGAGACUACGCGCCUCUCUGAUCUCGAAGGCCUCGGACCCGUCGAACUCAUUCAAUUCCUAUACAGUCUACUUGAGGUUUGGAAAGGUCUUGAGAAACAGAUAGAAGGCUGCUAUCUUCGGAGGUUGUCCAGACCACGCAACCCAUUGCACAACAAAAUCGAAUCUCCUCAAAUCCGCCUCCUUCGACAAAGCACAAAAGAUUUGGCACAGCAUGUCAGACACGGAGGUGUGAAACUCGUCCAACAGCUUGAACUUCUCGCGAUCGACAUUGUAUCGGCUGAGUUGACCCUGAAGAACCAGAUAAAGGCUUCAACAGGUGAUGAAGCCGAAGCCCUCAACGUCCAAUUGAAGCAUGAAAUGAUGACCGCCCUAGCCUUGGCCAAGGCUAUUCCCGAGCGUGCAGCCCACCAUUACAAUGCGACAGACCAAGACGUCAUGCUCGUCUCCGAUCUUGAAGGCUUCACUUUCGAACAGUUAAUCCAAUUCCAGUACGGACUGCUGGGUCUUUGGAAAGAUAUCAAUGUCCUCAUUAGGAGGCGUUCCGUAUCGCAGGAGGAGACUGAAACUCCCCAGAUGCUAAUACUUGCAGCAGCCGUUAGGGAUUUGGCAGCCGAAGCCAUGCACGGAGGGUGGAGGCUGCUCCGGGAAAUCGAAUCACUCGAAGUCGAUUUGUAA